AUGUUCUUUUGUGGAGCUUCACGGUAUGGCUUCUCCAAAUUUCCUUUGUUCCCUGCAUCGUCUCCAUCUUUAUUCCCUCUUUCUACUUCAUAUGUCCGAACUCCCCGCUCCCGUUUCCAUUCCCAUUCGACAAAUACUGAGAUUAUUGAAGAGGCUGUCUCUUCUUUCCAUGGCCUGCUUCAUAGGCAUCCCCCACCGUCUAUAGUCCAAAUCACUAAAAUUUUAGGAUCUGUUGCAAGAAUGAAACAUUAUACUAUUGCUAUCUCCCUUUUCGCACUAGCAGAAUCUAAAGGAUUCACGCCAGAUUUGGUAACACUGAGCAUCUUGAUUAAUUGUUACUGCCAUGUGGGUCAAAUUGCUUUUGCUUUCUCUGCGUUAGGCAAGAUUCUUAAGAUAGGCUGUCAGCCAAAUACAGUUACUCUGACUACACUAAUGAAGGGACUCUGUAUCAAUAAUGAGGUCGGGAAGGCCUUGGAUUUUCAUGAUGAUCUGAUAGCAAAAGGGUUUCAGUUAAAUGUAGUUAGCUAUGGCACACUCAUCAAUGGGCUUUGUAAAAUUAAAAAAACAAGAGCUGCGGUUAAAUUGCUUGAAAAGAUGGCGAGAGGACCAGUUAAGCCAAAUUUGGUUAUGUAUAAUACUAUUAUUGAUGGCUUUUGCAGAGAAAGACUUAUAACAGAAGCAUGGGAUUUAUUUCAUCAAAUGAUUGAUCAUCGAAUAUGCCCUGAUAUUGUGACCUACAACUCUCUUAUUUGUGGUUUUUGUGUCAUGGGUAAAUGGUCAGAAGCUGCAAAAUUGUUUAAUCAAAUGAGACAUGAAGGCAUCAACCCUAAUAUUCAUACUUUUACUAUACUCGUGAUGCAUUUUGCAAAGAAGGAAGUGUUGCCGAAACUGAAGCUGCUGUUGGCUUGA